AUGUUUGAGGUUAAUAUAUUUGAAUUACAUUUAGAAGUCGCACGUCAACGUCGUGUACGUCUAUUUAAUUUACGACCCAUUGAUUCAAGUGAAAUGGCUGCAGCACGAGAACAACGUUUACGUGAAAUAAAAAUGGGUGAAGUUAUUCGUGAGAUUGUUAUUUAUGUAUUUUUCACAAUUAUUUUAUUAUUUCUAUCAUAUCAAUCACGAGAUACAAAUUCAUAUGGUGUAUAUCGAGAUACAAAAAAUUUAUUUAUUACUACAGAUUUUCAUGAAGUUAAUUCUCUUGGUAAAUGGUGGGAUUAUUGUGAUAAUGUUUUAUUAAAAGGACUUUAUGCUCAAAAAUGGUAUAAUGAAAAGAAUUUAACUUGGAGAGAAAAAUUAACAACUGGAAGUCGAGUAUCAAUGCGUGUUGGUGCACCAAGAAUUCGACAAUUACGUGUUAAAGAAAAUAGUUGUCGUGUUCAUCGUCGUGUUAAACAUGUUAUAAAACAUUGUCGUGAUGAUUAUAAUUGGUUUGAUGAUGAUACUAAAGAUUAUACACCAAAAUGGGAAAAGAUUUUAAAUAAAACUGCAAUGAAUCUUGUAAAUGAAUCAAAUAAUGGAUCAAAACGAUGUAAAACACCUUGGUGUUAUCAAAGUAGUGUUCGUACUAAAAGUGGUCCAUUUACAGGUCUUUAUAAGACAUAUAAAGGUGGUGGCUAUGUUGUAUCAUUAGGUCGUACCCAUGAAAAAGGUGCAACUAUUAUUCGAGAACUUCGUUCACAAAAUUGGCUUGAUCAAUUAACACGUGCCGUAUUUAUUGAUUUUUCAUUAUAUAAUGCAAAUGUUAAUUUAUUUAUUUCUGUUACACUUUCAUUUGAAAUGACAUCAAUGGGUUCAGUUAUUCAAGAUUAUCAAAUAAAAAUCUUUCGUUUAUAUGAUCAUAUUGGUGGUUAUGGUAUGCUUGUUUAUAUAUUCGAAUUAUUAUUUCUUUUCUUUACAAUUUAUUCAACUAUACAUGAAAUAAUAUUACUUGUUAAACAAAGACGAGAAUAUUUUUCUAAAUUUUGGAAUAUUAUUUCAUUUAUUACAGUCGUAUUUAGUAUAACAUCAAUUAUAAUGUAUGGAACAAAGAAGACUUUAACACGAUUAGCUAUUCGUUCAUUGAAAAAAAAUGAAAUGGGUGAAUUUGUUAAUUUUAAUGCUAUUGCAAGUUUUGAUGAAGUCUAUUCUUAUAUUGUUGCAUUAAUAACAUUUUUUACAAUGUUAAAAUUCUUAAAAUUACUUCGAUUUAAUAAACGUAUUCAAAUGCUAUCGAAAUCAUUGAGUUAUGCUCAACAAGAUUUAAGUUCAUUUGGAUUUGUAUUUUUAAUAUUUAUAUUAGCAUAUGCACAUAUGGGUUUUGCUGUAUUUGGUCGUUCACUUAUUAAUUUUAAAACGUUUACAAGUUCAUUAACAACUUGUUUUCGAAUGCUUUUGGGUGAAAUCAAUGCUCCUGAUAUGUUUGCUGUUAGUCGACUCUAUGGUAUAUUUUAUUUUCUCUCAUUUAUUAUGCUUGUAUUCAUCGCUUUAUUAAGUAUAUUUAUAACAAUUUUAAAUGAUUCAUUUGCACAUAUUAAACGAGAAUUAGCUGCAAAAGAACAUAGAAAUGAAAUAAUGGAUUUUAUGUGGUCGACAUUUCGAAAAGUUGCUGGAAUAAAUAAUCGUAAAAUGUCAGGCGGUGAAGAUGAUUUAUUGAAAAUGGGACGUAUGAAUAGAGAUCGUAAAGUUCCAUUGGCUCAAUUUGAUCGCGAUGUAAUUUAA